AUGGCAUAUGUUAAUAGCAUAAGGUUAAUCAACACAAGGAUGGCGUGGACGCCAGUGCAUUUCCUGCUAGCCACAACGUGUGCUGCGAUCUGGGCAGGACUAUCGCCUUGCGAAGCCUUCGAUCGUCAGAGAUCGUCUCUCCCAUUCUCUGUCAAUGCUGUCAUGAUGGGUAUGCAGUUCCACCAGGCAAAACUUAACGACCUCGACGCGCGCUUCAAAGCUUUGGAAGCCCAGCUGCAGGCGCUGCAGGACGUGGUAUCUGCGCCUCCACCCCCGCCCCCGCCCCCGCCCCGCUCUUCACCAGCCCUGCCGGGCCGCCGGACACGGCCCAAGGGAGUCGUUCCGGAACCUGGGCAUGGCGGCGACGACGCCAAGCGAGCCCUCCUCUGUCCUCGCGCGGCGGCUGCGCGCACGAACGACUUGGCGGCUGCUGGCGGAGCUGCGCCGCGGCGCGCGCCCCUUGGGCGAGCGACGCUGCGCGCGACAACGCGCUGCACGGUGCGGCGCGAGGGCCGCCAGGGCGACGCGCUCGCUGCUGUCGCAGCGGCGCCACGUCCGCGGCCGCGGGGCUAG